AUGGAUCAUCACUCCUGUUAUACUGCCAAUCCCUGGGAAGACGAACUGAAAGAUAGAGAAGCCUAUGGCGACGUCAGCGAUCCCGAGUCGCACCAGCAAACGCCGGGCAGAGAGCCUAACCCACCAUCGUCAGAUCAAGAGUCGGGUUCAUCCGCAUCCCCGCAAGAACCGAACCAGUCAAUGCCAGCCCAGGAACCAAAUCAACCAGCACCAGCCAAAAAGCAGCUGAGAACAGAUCAGCGAGCUCCCAAUCAAAAGCGAAGCCAGCCAACGACAACUCCACAAAAUCUACGAUACCGCUCCACAAGUGGUCUGGAAGCCAUUUGGAAAAGCGUGCACGGCAAACUCGAUGACCUACGCCAGCGGGUUCGCGACCUCGGAGCGGAGGUACAGCGAUCGCAAGGUUUAGUGCGCGCUGUCAAGAGGCAGAUGGAGGAUGUCAACAAUGCGCAAAUCAUCGAGCGAGUCGACCGCGAUGCCUGGACGGGCACUACCGAGAUCGGAGGGACGACCGACACCCAGUAACCCUCUUUUUUCGCCAAGGGGCCACUAUGGUUCCCGCUCAGCUUCUCCUGUCAUGUCGACAUCCUCAGGGGAUUCUGUAUACUUCAGCGAGGACGACUACUCACUAGUACUACCCCCCAUGCGAGCCCG